UUCGAGUCCCACCUCGUCGACCUCCCCGAUCCCGCCGAGAUGUCGACGCACGCGGACGAACGGGAGUGGCUCCGCGGAGCCGAGGUGCAACCCCUCCAAACCGGCGUUCAAGGACGGCGCCGCUCACCAGUUGUAUCUGGUUGUGAAGAACUAGGGGUGGGAGCGCCUGUAUGGCGGGCUUAUGCCUUCUCUCAUCGGCACCGCUGCCUCCCAGCCUUGAGCGAUCCAGGAGAGGGCUUGGCGAUGGGUCUGUUGGGAUGCUCCAGUCUCUCACUGUCUACUACUACUUGUACCAAAUAUCUACUGGACUCUGGAUGGGCAUCGAAUUUUAUGCUAUAAACACCGAUUCCCAAGCCCUUAUUAAUUCACAAGCGCAAUAUCCUCUGCAAAUUGGAGAGCAGUUGACCCACGACUUAGGUACCGGUGGAAAUCCAAAUUUGGGAGAGCAGGCUGCUGAGGAAUCAAGAGAAACCAUAGCCACUGCCCUGAGGGAUUCAGAUCUUGUUUUCAUAACAGCUGGGAUGGGAGGGGGUGCUGCUCCAAUUGUUGCCCAGAUAUCAAAGGAAGCUGGUUAUCUUACUGUUGGUGUUGUCACCUAUCCAUUCAAUUUCGAGGGCCGUAAGCGCUCUUUACAGGUAGCAUAUUGCGAGGGCGGUCCUCGUCGCUCCCAUGUGCAGGAUCUCCCAUGUGACAGAUGGCUUGGCAAGAUUAUACUAGAGACUUGUAUUUCUCAGAUCCAUAUUUGGCUUAGAGGCACAUCGGCUGAAUCGCAUCGACGACCGAUCAUAAAGCCGCACAGCUUUGGAUUCCCUAGAAAGCUGGAGUUCUGAAAUGUACCAAAUUGACCACCGGUUGGAAUAGGCCCCUCUAGGUCAUUGUUAGAAACGUUGAAUGUGGAAAGGAAGUGCAGAUUCUCGAAUGCAACUGGAAUUUUACCCGUGAGAUCAUUGCUGGAUAAAUCUAGCAUCCAGCAGGUUUGUGAGAUUGCAGAUAGAUGUGGGGAUCGGUCCGGUUAAGCUGUUGGAGCUGAUAUCAAGUGAAAGGAGGCCUUUUAACUGACCAAUCUCUGGGAGAAUCAGAACUGUGAAUAUGUUGCUGCUUAGAUUUAGAAUUUUAGGAAAAGCAAUCGGUAUCCGGUACGGUUUCUUCAAAGAAAUUGAUGCCAAGAAGAAGCGUGGUCAGGUUCUUAGAGCUCCUCAGUAUCUGAAGCGUGUUUGUUAUAUUUGAAAGGCUGUUGUUUGGGCAAGGCGAAUCAGGCAAGAGUUGAUGACGAGCGGCUAAACUAAUCCAAGAGUUGAUGACGACCGGCUUGUUCUUUCACUUGCAACGACUUAGAGUCGGGCGACCUGCAAGAUCAAGGUGCAUGGUCGUCGAAGGAUGGCGACGGCGUAUCCUCGUUCAGGCAAGGCGAAUCAGGCAAGCAUCUAUUUGGAGGUUGGUUAGUUAUCCCAUGUCAUCAGACAUCACGCAGGAAUCAAGUCAUCCAUCAGGAAGCAGCCAACUCUGCCUGGACUAACCCAGGGCAAAGGCAAACAGCAAACUUUCCAGGAUAAGUCUCUGACUUCGUUAUACUUUCCUGUGUGCAGGAGGUCUUGAAGAUCUGGAACUGCAGGUGCAGAAUGCUAUUGCAGCAGUUGCAGCUCCACCCAAGGAAAGCAAUAGUGUCAGCAGCAACGAUCCUGGUAGCUCGUCCUCUGUGAUUUUUCCGUCUGGUCCAGCUGAUCAAGUCCCUGUUCCUGCUACCUCUCCAGAAAUUGAGCCCCGUUUUGCAAACCAAAUCCCUGCUGCUUCUUCGGAGGUUAAGGCACCAUGCAUGGCAGGUCUGUUGUUUGUAAGCGACAGGAACGAGAGGAACUUUAGGUUGCCUAGCCCUUCUGAUAAUUGUCCAUGGAACUUAUUCGAAUCUAGCCGUAGCGCAGUCAGCUUUCUACAGGAGUAUAUGCUUUCCGGAAUCGUGCCACUGAAGUUAUUCAGCAUGAGAUCUAUGGUUCUUAGACUGGGCAUAUUGCUGAAUAACUAUAGUUGGUAGAUGGUCUCGCUACAGUAGACAGGAAAGGCACCAUGCCUGGCACUGGCAGGUCUGCAGCGAACACCGUUGUAUGUGUAUGUAUAGUAUGCACGUGUGCAAUUCAUAUUAGCUUAACAGCCUGUGUAACAAAAACAAUUACCCAACUUCCCAAGAUAGUUAAUGCACUAUAUAUCCAAAACCUGAUACAUGCAUCAAUUUGUCUUAAAAAGUACAUUCAUAAAAAUAUAAAUGUAUAAAGAGUUCAUUUGUAUUUUAACAAAAGUCUUUGGUCAAAGCCAUAUUCUGGAGACCGUGUCAGUGUCCUAGACCACAAAUAACAUUGGAGGGAGUAAAUUAUAUCUCAUGUCUAUCAACGAAGUUUUACUUUUUAGGUUCUAUUAAUGUCUAAUUCUUGUAACCCCUCUUUUUUGGUAUCUCAAUUGUUGCAGUUAGGAAACCUUCCAUUACGGCCUUAUUUCUGCAGAAGUAUGACACCAACUUUCAUCUAUUCUCUACCACCAAAGAGAUGGAAAAGCAGGUUGCCCCCACCCCCAUAGCUUUCUGUUUUGUCCCUAUAACAGGUUUACCUAUGUUAUAUAUAGACACCGUAGCAAUGCACGUGUAAUGGUAGAUUUUCUGAUUGGUUAGUUUGGAAGUGAAGUAGGUGCCAAUGUUGUGCAUGAGCAGAAGAAAUAUUAUUCCCUUCAAUAUUAGUAGAGGUAGAGAUAUUUACUUUUAUCAGUAUUUGUGUUGUGAUAGCUAUUUUUAGCCUAAUGUUUCAGGUCAAAGGGCCAUACUUCAUAGCUUUUUGCUCCUCAUUGUUUUAAGUGAAAGGGCGCCAACUAUUCAAAAUUUACUCUAGGUAGAUAAUUUUCAUUGUCGAGUUUUAUUUUGGUAUAUGUAACUUUUUGUAAUUGGGCCUAAGCGUAUUGGAGCACUCUAAGUUAACAGGUGCUUGAAGCUGAUGAUGAAAUUAUACAGCUUGGAUGAAUAAACCUUUGUUGUAGUGACAUAAGGAGUUUCGAAAUUACAAGGAAUUUUAAAUUUGAA